ACGGCAAGCUCCUGGUCCAUCCGUCUAACACUGCCAUGAAGUUGUCGCCCGGUCAUCACACGCUGCCGCGGAAGAAGACGUUGCCGCUGGACGUCGCGAGCAGAACGACGACGAGCAACGUCUCGUGUUCGGGCGCCAACGCUCAGCAACAGCAGUUCCAACGGGGCCAGCCGUUAAGAAGAAGUUGCUUGUCGCCGACGCAGCAUCAUCAUCAACAGCAGCAACAUCAGCAACCGCCGCACCAUCACCAACAACAUUGCCAGCAGGAGAGCUCGUUGCAUUUCGAGUACUUUGUGCCGCGUAGCGUUAGCGAGUUCAAUCUCGCGGCUGCCGUGACGGACAUGGCGGUGCCGCCUCCGCCACCCGCGUCAGUGCUUAGGCCCUCCUCGGCGAUGACGCCGCCGGUCGCUGCUGGGAUGACCGUCGUCGCUACCAGCCAGACUCGGUUGCUGGACGGCAGCAGCGGCGGCAGCUGCAACACCGCCACGAGAAGCCGCGAGAAAAUGGUCACCUUCGAGGACGAGGGGCUCGGCGUUACCUCGACGCCCACCCGGAAGAACAUGCCCGCCUUGGAUAACGUUUUCAUGUGACGUGUGCCGCGGCUCGCACGGAUGAUAAAGCGGUUGCUGCUGAACGCGAUAGUCUUGCCUCGAAAUUUCUCGCCUCAGAUCUGAAAGGUUCGCAGCGUCGGUGAUCGUAGACAUGUCAAUUGACAUCGCCAGUUAUCGGGAGAGGAGUCUAAGAGUUGCAAUUCGAAAGUGUGAUUUUUUUUAAGAGACAAUUAAACAUGGGAUUAGGAAUCGAAGAUGUUGUUAGAGCUCUUA